GUUUAGUUGGGACGUACAGGAAAAAGCCGUUUACGACCUUACCGUAAGUGAUUUUGCCACAAUUUGUGUCUUUCGCCUUUCGUGUGGUCGGUAGGUCACGGAUGGACUUACUGGGUGUUGUAAUCAGUCAUAAAGUUUUUGUAUGAUCCUGUUUAACAUACUUGCAGUACACACCAGAAACCUUUGUGCCGAUUUUCAUAAGCAUAAGUUUUUGUUGACUAUUUUUUGUGAUAUUCGGCGGGACUCCUGUUUUUACGGAAAGUGAAAUGGGAAGUUGUAGUUCCAAGAAGGAUGGUGAGAAAAGCAAGUCCUACGCGUUACAAGUACUGGACGACCAUGAUGGUGGCAUUAACUGUAUGGCAUUGAGCGAAGAUGGGUCGGUUCUGGUUACUGGAAGCGAGGAUAAAACGGCCAGGCUAUGGAGCACAAAAACAGCGCUGUGCGAAUGUAUAGGGAUACUUCAGGGUCACGAGGGAUACAUUACAUGCGUGCUCCUCGAGGAAAACUUUGUCCUCACGGGGAGCUCCGACAGCACGGUUCGGAAAUGGGACAUCAGCACGUGCGAGUGCGUUCAGGUGUUCAAAGGCCACAAAUCCGUGAUAUACCGCAUGAUAUGCACUGGUGAUUUCGUGUUCACCAGUUCCUACGACCGGACGUGCCUGUGUUGGGACUUCGACACGGCCGAGUGCGUUCGGGUAUUCCGAGGCCAUAAGCGUGGAGUGUACCCACUCAUUUUCAUCCCCGCCGACGAGGAGGAAAUGUCCAACGGCGACAUGUACAACGACGAAAUAACAACCGACAUCUUAAUAACGGGGUCCGCGGACUUUACGGCGCGCACGUGGAACUUCGAGACAGGGAAGUGCAUCAAAGUGUUCAAAGGUCACAAGGGGGCCGUCACGUGCAUGGCGACGGACCCCCUCGGCAAGAUGCUGUUUACAGGAAGUACGGAUCAGACGAUUAAAGGUUGGAACUUGUACAAAGGUGAUUGUCUGCGUACUUUCGAGGGUCACACGGCUUCUGUGAUCUGCUUACAGGUAGUGAACAAGAUGAUGUACACCGGAAGUUCCGAUCACACCGGAAGAGCCUGGGUUACGGACUUUGGCGACUGUACCCGGAUAUACAAGGGUCACCGCCAUACGGUCAGCUGUAUCAAAUAUCAUGAUGGAUUACUUCUCACAGGGUGUGGUGACGGAGUUUGCAGAGUGUUUGAAGCUAAAACGGGAACACAGAAACAGGUUUUCAAGGGAUCGCCUGAGUUCGCCAUAAAUGCUUUUCAGAUAGUUGACGACAAGCUUUUCACGGGAUCUCACGACGGCAGCGUGAGAGUGUGGGACAUCCGGGGCCUUCGUGACGACGGGGUGUUCGGAAAGGAGGACACCAAAGAUAAAGACAAAAUGAAAGAGAUCGAGAAAAUGGGCGGACUUGACUCGGCUGACAACUAUCAAAAUGGCGGUACUAACGGUGAUACCAAAAUCAUGAUCGACGACGACGCGGAAUACGGACAAGACAACCACGCGUACCAAAACGGAGAUCUCACGCUGGACGAGAGGUCGCGAGAAAGAGCAGUACUGGAUAUGGUGUGAUCAAUGAACAACACUACACGUAUUACCAUGGCCGUGAAAUUAAACAUGGUAAAGGAUUAAAAACAAUUUCAUCUAGGCUCCGGAAUUUGGCGGGUUUUUAUGUCCAUUUGGUUAUAACUGUUGUAAGUUUGAAAAGCUUUAUAACUUGACUUUGAAUAAAUUUUAAGAUGUUUUUCCUGUCGAUUAAAUGGGUAAUUGUUUGUUA